AUGUCGAGUCAAGUAUCUUCAUCCAGCACUCAUAAAGAGAAGGAGGUUAAUAAUGUUUCUUCUACCAAGCCAGAGUUAAGCGAUAUCAUCAAUCUUCACGACUUUGAAUGUGUAGCCAGCCAAACACUGCCAGAAAAGUCUUGGGCCUAUAUCAGCAGCGGGUCUAAUGACAAUAUCACGCGCGACGCCAACCUUGCCAUAUUGAAGAAGAUAUGGCUCCGUCCAGCCGUUAUGCGAAACGUCCAGCACGUCAACACCAAAACAACUCUUUUUGGCUGUCAGUUAGAUCUGCCUAUCUUCAUUGCGCCUACUGGCGCAGUAAGAACAGCUGGCCCUGAUGGCGAGCUCGCGUUGGCAAGAGCAGCGUCUAGUAGUGGGAUCAUCCAAUGCAUUGCAACCCCUGCAUCGUAUCCACAUCAAGAGAUCCUCAACGCCACUACUGAACAUGCCUUCUUCCAGAUCUACGUCAACAAGGCUCGUGUAGAAACAGAGAGGGUGCUCCGCCUAGGCAUUGCUACGGGUAAAGUGAAGGCCAUAUUUGUUACAGCAGAUCUACCAGUCGUGUCCAAGCGUGAGGCUGAUGAGCGUGUUAAAUCGAAUGCGAAUGCAGGGGACGCCAAGGGUGCGGGGCUUGCUCGGCAAACAGGUGCUUUCAUCGACCCCUCGUUGAAUUGGGACGAUAUUUCCUGGAUCCGGAGCAUCACAAACCUUCCCAUUGUGGUCAAGGGAAUUCAGCGUUGGGAAGAUGCAAAGCUGGCCAUGCGACAUGGGUGCCAGGGCAUCAUAUUGAGUAACCAUGGUGGACGAGCUGCCGACAAUGCGCUACCUGCGAUAAUUACCCUACUGGAACUUCAUGUUCAUUGCCCAGAGGUCUUUGGAAAUCUGGAGAUUCUGGUGGAUGGCGGUUUCCGUAGAGGAUCAGAUAUUGUCAAGGCUAUCUGUCUGGGCGCCUCUGCGGUUGGACUUGGCAGACCAUUCAUGUAUGCCGUCAACUACGGACAAUUGGGCGUAGAGCACGCUGUUAACAUUUUACGCGACGAGAUAGAGACCACAAUGCGAUUGUGUGGUAUUAAGAAUUUGAUGCAGGACUCGGACCCAAGCUGCCUCAACACAGCUGAGGUGGAUCAUCUAGUUUACAAACCGAAUCAUAUGUAUAUGAGUAAGGGGUUAAAGAAUCAGUCUCGUCUUUAA